AUGCGGGGCUGGCUGCUGCUGGCGGCGCUGGGCUGGCUGCUGCCGGCGGGGGCCGCGGCCAGCGGCGAGUACUGCCACGGCUGGCUGGACGGGCAGGGCGGCUGGCGGGACGGCUUCCAGUGCCCCGAGCGCUUCGACGGCGGCGACGCCACCAUCUGCUGCGGCAGCUGCGCCCUCCGGUACUGCUGCUCCAGCGCCGAGGCGCGCCUGGACCAGGGCGCCUGCGACAACGACCGGCGGCAGGGCGGCGGCGAGCCGGGCCGGCCCGGCAAGGACGGCCCCGACGGCGCGGCAGUGCCCAUCUACGUGCCAUUCCUUAUCGUGGGAUCUGUAUUUGUCGCCUUCAUCAUCUUGGGGUCUCUGGUGGCAGCUUGCUGCUGCAGAUGCCUGCGGCCCAAGCAGGAACCCCAGCAGAGUCGAGCCCCUGCAGGCACCCGCCUGAUGGAGACGAUCCCCAUGAUCCCAAGUGCCAGCACCUCCCGGGGCUCCUCCUCCCGCCAGUCGAGCACGGCUGCCAGCUCCAGCUCCAGCGCCAACUCGGGGGCCAGAGCUCCACCAACGAGGUCCCAGACCAACUGCUGCUUGUCUGAAGGGACCAUGAAUAAUGUCUACGUCAACAUGCCCACGAACUUCUCAGUGCUGAACUGUCAGCAGGCCACGCAGAUUGUGCCACACCAGGGCCAGUAUCUGCACCCGCAGUACGUGGGCUAUGCCGUGCAGCAUGACUCCAUGCCCCUGACCCCAGUGCCCCCCUUCCUGGAUGGCCUGCAGAGCGGCUACAGGCAGAUCCAGUCCCCCUUCUCACACACCAACAGUGAGCAGAAGAUGUACCCGGCUGUGACUGUGUAG